UUUUUCCCUUUGGCGCUGCCUUGUAACGCCGCCGUUGCGGUGCGCAGGCCGGAGAACGGCGGGCGCGCGUGCCCGGGGCCCGACCGGCGCUUCCGCGCGUGCGCCGCCGACCAGUGCGCCAACGUGCCGCGCACGACGGCGCUCGACUUCGCGGGCCAGGUGUGCCGUCGCGCGCGCGAGGUGGACGCGCAGCUGCUGGGCACGGGGUUGCAGCGCGUCAGCUCCGACCCGGUGGAGGCGUGCGCCGUGUGGUGCUACAAGAAGAGCGGGGGCUCGGUGAGCCGCGGCUGGACCUUCCCCGACGGCACGGCCUGCCAGAGCCGGCGCCCGCGCCACGCUACGCCACACCUAUGUUGGCAUCUGGCGGCCGCUGUGCGAGUGUAA